AUGUAUGUGCGAAGAAAAAAUUGUGAAUAUGGUCGAAUCAAACGAUCAAGUCGUAAGCCAAAGCCUUGCGAUACAUUUUCUAAUACUGUUGGGUCUUAUGCCAAAUUAUUUCUCAUCUGGGCAUCGAUCGUCGUUUUGGAUUUCUUGAUGGAAUUUCGUUUCGAAUACAUGUGGCCUUGCUGGCUUCUGAUUCGUUCAAUAAACGACUCUUUCAAGUACCAAGGAAUCGUGAGUUUUUUCGUUCUAUUUUUUUCAUAUUCAAUUUUCUUGCUCCUUUUCAUUUGGUAUAUAAUUUCCUUUUCCCCUGUAAAUUUUCAUUUUUUAACGUGUAAGAGUAAGUUAAUCUUAUUUUGCUCCCAUAUCUAA